CGACGGAGCGCUGCAGCUUCCAGGAAGCGGAACGAAUGAAGUUCAUCGUUCACAGCUGGUGAUGGCGGAUGCGGUCGAAAUAGACACCAUGAAGAAUUAUAACAUUGCGUUUGAGAGGAUAGACCCGAGCAUAAGCCGCUAUCCCUACUGUAUCGUAUGGACGCCAAUCCCCGUGUUAUCAUGGUUGUUUCCAUUCAUUGGCCACAUGGGCAUCUGUACGUCCACUGGAGUGAUCCGUGAUUUUGCAGGUCCAUACUUUGUCUCAGAGGAUAACAUGGCGUUUGGAAGACCAACAAAGUACUGGAUGUUAGAUGUGAGUAAAGUAUAUGCCAGCGGGUCUAACGUUUGGGACACAGCAGUACACAAUGCAUCAGAAGAGUAUAAACAGAGAAUGCACAAUCUUUGUUGUGACAAUUGUCACUCGCACGUUGCUAUGGCACUGAACUUGAUGCACUAUGACAACAGCACCUCGUGGAAUAUGGUGAAUCUCUGCCUGCUCGCACUCAUUCAUGGCAAACAUAUCAGUUGUGUGGGCUUUCUGAAGACUUGGCUUCCGUUCUUCAUCUUAACCAUUGUCAUCUUAGUAGUAGCCCUGUGUCUAAACCUGAGAUGACCAGACUUGGAUCAAGCAGAGGUGGGCGGUUCAGGGUGGGUAGGUUAUUGAGCCCAGCACCCUGCUGGAGACCAGCUUACAGUGGGACUCCAAUACAUGUCAGCUGGACCAGAGGGGGUCAACACAGUCUAGUUCAACUCUUCCAAACGUAGAGGAGCUCAACAUCGAAACUCUAAGUGCAGGCCUCUUUGUUGUGGGGUAGAGACCACAAAUACACCAUGGCUUUAAUGUCUUGUGGUGAUGUAAGAUGCUAUUCUCAAAAACUUGUCUUCCAAAGACAUGAUUUUGCUGUCACUUUUAAAGGUUAUGGUGCUCAUUUAUUGUUUGGUUAGAUAUUGAUCUCCAAACUAGAACUUCUGUGUACAAAAAAUAACACUAUAACUUGGAAUAUAAAUGUCUUAUAUUUUAAAUAUUACUUGAAUAUACAUUUCUAAUCAUUAUUGUCGAAAUACAUUGAGAUAUAUCUGAAGAUGGAUUUCCAUUUAAAAUGAGUGCUCAUCUACAUUCACACUUUUAAAAUGUUGUUUUGUUUAAAGAUGACCACAUUGGCUUUCUUACUGGCAAGGCUUAACAGCAUCAUGGCUUCACAAAAAUUGUAUAGCUGUUCUUUUAAAUGGUGUAGCUUGGCGUGCUUUUAAGAGUAAUUUGUUCCAUAUAAUUACAUAUGAAAAAAAUGAUAAAGCGGUUGAUGAUGCAGUCCGGUUUGUAUUAUUUAUAUUUAAAAGCAUCCUUUACAUCAAACUAUAUGGCCAGCUAAUAUUAUAUUGCAUGAUAUACUGUUAUAAAAUCAACAUCGAUCAGCAAUUACGACUUAUUUUACUUCCAUAAUGUGAUGUAUUUUGGAGUGAAACACAAUAUUCAACAAGAACAAAAUGGUUUGAUAAAAAAUAUAAACAAAGGAACGAA